AUGAUAGCAAAUAAUGUUAAAAAAGUUUUUGUUGCGGGUUAUGCUCGAACCCCUAUAGGCUCAUUAUGCGGAUCAAUUUCUCAAAUACCUGUGCAUAAAUUAGCUAUACCCACAAUAUUAAAAUCGCUAGAAAGAAGUCAAAUAGAAAAAGACAUAGUUGAUUGUGUAAUUUUUGGUCAAUCAUUUUCUAGUGGAUGUGGACCUUUACCCCUUCAAAAAAUCCUUGUUUCUACAGGUAUUAACAUGAAUGCAAAAACACAUCUUAUUAAUAAUUUGUGUUGUAGUGGAUUAGACGCAGUGACCUUAGGAUAUGAUUUAAUAAAAUCAGGAAAAGAUGUUUGUGUUGUUGGAUCAAUGGAAUCAAUGUCUCAAAGUUCAUUUUUUUUGAAAAAAUUAAGAACAGAAACAUGCAAACUAGGGAAUGUUACUUUUAAUGAUAGUAUAAUACAUGAUGGAUAUGAAUAUAUAUCAAAUAAUAAGGAAUUAAAAAAAAACAAUAAUAUGGAAUUAUUUUGUAAAAAACAUAAAAUUCCAAGAAUUGAUUUAGAUAAUUAUGUUAUAAAUUCAUAUAAAAGAGCAGCAAAUGCAUAUAGUGAAAAUUUAAUACCCCAAGAAAUAUUUCCUUUAAUAAUUCAAAAAAAAAAAAACACAUUAGAAUACGAAAAAACAGUUAUUGACAGUGAUGAAAUAUAUAAAAAAUGUAACAUUGAUGAUAUUUGUAAUUUAAGUAGUGAAAAUAUUAUCACAAAUUAUAAUAUAGCUCCAUUUGCUGAUGGUGCAUGCUCAAUCGUUUUAAUGAGUGAAGACAAAAUUAAUGAGCUUGGUUUAAAUCCAUUAGUAGAAAUUGUAGCUUAUGAUAAUGCAUCUGUGCAAUCUUGUGAUUCUCCCUUAAGUAUUUCUUAUUCUAUAUUAAAAUGCUUAAAAAAAAUUAAUAAAUCUUUUGUUGAUUAUUAUGAAAUUAAUGAAUCUUCAGCAUUAGAUGUUAUUUUUAAUGUUAAAAAUUUGGGCAUAGAUAUAUCUAAUGUAAAUAUUAAUGGAGGAGCUUUAUCAUUGGGACAUCCAACUGCUGUAUCAGGUUCAAGAAUUCUUAUAUCAUUAAUAACGAUUUUAAAAAAUUUUGAUAUGAAAUUUGGUUGCGCAUCUAUAAACAAUUAUUUAGGCUCUGCGACAUCAGUUGUCGUGGAAAAUGUGUAA